AUGCUCCCACUUACUUCAUCUCGAGCCCUUCGAGCUGAGAAAGCAUUUGUUACAUUAAAAUAUGCGCAUAUUGUAAGAAACUUUUAUAGUCGAAGGUUUUAUUCAUCUUCAGACGAUGUACCUAAAGAACUCAAUCAGGACCUUUCACAAUUGAAAAGCACAAGAGGCAAGAAGCUAAAGCCAGAAAACGCUAGAUUCGUUGUUUUGAAUCCAGCUGAAGCAGGGAUAUUCAAGAAAAGGAGAAUACCAGGUUACUUCAAGCCUCAUAAUAGGCAAGCAGAACGAUUAAGUGUUCUGGAAGGUGUUGAGAUAGGAGAUAAGGAUGUUCAACUUCCGAAAGAGUCGAACGAAAUUCUACAGGAAAUUGAAUCACAACGAAGAAAGUUACUUGUUUUCAAAAGCUCAGUCCCCAAAGAACAAGCGGUGAAUUCAAUUCAUGAUCUGAAACCCUCUGACAAUUCGAGAAUCAUGUCAUCGAAGAGGUAUGAACAAUUGAAAGGACUCUUAGAUAUGGCCUACACUUUGUCUCAAUUAAAAGAAUACGUUAGACAACAUUAUGAUGUGACGAUAAAUAGGUCUUUGUCAAAAAAGAAGCUCAUAUCUAAAAUACUCAUCGAGUUAUGGAAAUGUGAAGUUGAUGAGACCAUAAGUGAAACCGAUGACUUAAUAGUGGAACGCAUUAUAGACGUUGAAAAGAGAGACAUUUAUCUUUUACUUUUGACCAAUAAUGGCAAAAUCUUACAAAACUUUGCACGUAUUGGAGCAACAUUAGCUGUGGCCCUGAAUGAGAAUAAAAUCAUUGUUAGGGCUACAGGACCUCUUGUCAAGUAUGUGGAAGUAUCCUUGAGAAAAAUUCUGGACAAUGUCCAGAGAGAGCAAUUACCAGUUGAUGACAUAAUACGCAAUCAUACACCUGUUGGAUCCGUCCCAAUCAUGCCACCAGAAGACCUAAUCUCACUAAUUCAGAAGGAAAGUGCAGUAUACUUCGAGAAGCUUCUUGAUGAUGAUCCGAACGGUUACUUUAUUACGGCUUUUGGUGGCAAGAGGAUAAGAAAGGCAAAAAAUCUAUUACUUUGGGCUUUAGAUUACAAUCCUCAGAGCACAAACAGCAUCCAAUUCUUAGGAGAUCAACAAAUGAGUUUGUAUAAGAAUUAUCCCUUCACUGAUAUCAGUUGUUUGGAUUGGACUGAAAGAGAUAAGGAAUGGUUUCGUCUUCAAAAGCCUGCCGUAAAGGAAUCCAUCGUGAAAGACAUUAAAGAUUCGGUCAACCUAAAUCUAACCGAGGAAAUAAUAGAUGAACUAUAUGAAAAACUAGUGACUACUGCUGAUAACCACAUUGCUAAAUUCAAUGCAAUUAGCAAUACCCAAAAUUUAGGCAUCACUCUCGGCCAAUUCUUGAACACAUCAAAUGGAAGUAACAGCACCUUUCAACCUAAAAUUGCAAAUAUUGCCGCUCAAUUAAUGAAACUACCUCUAUAUGACGAUAUGCCAAAUUUGGAUGAGUUAUAUACAGUCGAUCAGCACGAAUACUAUGUCCAGCUGAAAUUUAUCCCUGACCUCUCAACAACACAGUCUAAACGAAAUAUACCUCCUCUUGAGCUAUGGUUUGAAUUAGACGACUAUGAUACAGCAAUUAAUAGCUCGCUUCGUUCUGUCCUACAUCUGGAAGAUAGAAACAUUUUUCUACGCACACCUCAGUUGCCCUACGAUUAUAAGUUGAACGCCGACCAAAUUGUAGAGGUAUCACAACCAUACGAAGAAAAUAGUGAGAGCUGGCUGUCUGAUCAACCCGGUCUUAAGAGCUUUUUGAAAGACGCUCAAUUGACUUUUCAGAGCAGGAAAAAACUCUUUAUUCCCAAACGACUUGAGCUAAAUUUGCAUUUGGAAGGGUGUGAUACUCCUCAGCCUGUUAUGUUCGAUUACGUCAAAGUAAACUAUCGGAGAGUCUUGAAAUUGAAGUACAUGGACAAAUAUUUAGUCCAAUUUUCGGACAUCAAAGGUGGGUCUGGGAGCGGGAGAUAUACCCAAGUUGACUUCAUUAACACGGAGAAAGUCACACGUGAAUCAUUUGGUAACUUCGUCAAGGAUAUAGUUAGAUUCUCUUGA